AGUUUCCAGAGUUUCCUGCGGGACAUUUUCGGGCGGCAGCGGGACUUUCUUGUCGUCCCGCCGGCUCCGCUUCGCUCGUGCCCGCCUCGUGCCGCCACUCGGGCGGGUGUGUCAGAUGUUAGCGGUGGGGCAGAUGGAGGCUAACCGGCAGAGCGCCUUCGUCCUGGGCAGCACGCCGCUGGCCGCGCUGCACAACAUGGCCGAGAUGAAGAGCAGCCUGUUCCCCUACGCGCUGCAGCAGAGCCCGGCGGGCUUCAAGGCGCCCUCCCUGGCCGGCCUCAGCUCGCACAUCUCCGGCGGGACCCCGCACGGCAUCAGCGACAUCCUGGGGAGGCCCCUCGCCGCCGGGCAGCUGCUGUCCGGCUUCCCCCGGAUCAACGGCCUGGCCACGGCGGGGAUGUACUUCGGCCCGGCGGUGUCCCGCUACCCGAAGCCGCUGGCCGAGCUCCCGGGGCGGGCGCCCAUCUUCUGGCCCGGGGUGAUGCAGGGGUCCCCGUGGAGGGACCCGAGGGUGCCCUGCCCGGCUCAGGCCGGCCUCAUGGUGGACAAAGACGGGAAGAAGAAGCACUCUCGGCCCACGUUCUCGGGUCAGCAGAUCUUCGCUCUGGAGAAAACCUUUGAGCAGACCAAGUACCUGGCGGGUCCGGAGCGGGCCCGCCUGGCCUACUCGUUAGGGAUGACCGAGAGCCAAGUCAAGGUCUGGUUCCAGAACCGGAGGACCAAGUGGAGGAAGAGACACGCGGCAGAAAUGGCCUCGGCCAAGAAGAAGCACGACUCCGAGACGGAGAAGAUGAAGGAGAGUUCCGACAACGAGGAGGACGACGAGUACAACAAACCUCUGGACCCGAACUCCGACGACGAGAAGAUCACCAGACUGUUGAAGAAGCACAAGACCGGGUCCAACCUGGCCGGGUCCCACCUGGGCCUCAUCAGCCCCUGCAGCAACAGCUCAGACGCCUUGUGA